CAGAGUAACACUUCAUGCACAUACCUAUGCACGUGUAUUAUGUGUAGUGUUUGAAAGUACAUUUGUAUUGAAGUCAAACAGCGGCGACAACUUUCUGAAAAGCGAUGGAUAAUGCUUGGUAAAUUCAGCUCACGGUAAAUGCGAGUGUGGAAGGCCAAUUAAUGACGAGUGGCAUCACUCCAACCAACAACUCCAAACUCCAACACCGAAUAAGCCCUGAAAAAUUGCCAAAGUCAGGGGCAGAGGGCAUACAGUCGUUGCCGCUUAUACCAUCAUGUGUCUCACAAAAUCACUGCAGGCGGUAAGUUGGCUUCUUUGCCUGUUCACCCUUGGGAGUUGUACGCUUAUACCCCCCAGACACGUCAGGCUGAAGCGUGCCAGCGCUAACAUCGGAAGAAACAUUGGGGAUGAGGGGAAAAAUAAGAUAUGUCGAGACCAUUUUAAUUCCUCGGACUUUAUUUGGGUGCCUGUGUUGAACAAGUGUGAGCCUUGCACCUUUGCUUGUGCCAAAUCAACUGAGCCAUACUGCCAAGCAUGUCAUGCAGGAUCAACAACUACACAGACAACUGGGAAAAGAUCAACCCCAGCCCCGACUGCCCAACCUUCUACGAUGGCUGCCCCCAAUGUUACAGAUGGCCCUAGACCACCCCCUGGAUAUGACGAAAAUACCAGCGGGGACUCCGCGGAGGGUCCACCGAGCAGCGAAGCAGGAAAGAGCGAUGGCGGCGGGAACGGGGAAAGUGAGCAUCUUGGACAAGGAAAUGUUCCCUGGUGGGUGAUUCUGCUGGUUCUAGGUCUCGCCAUUAUUUUUGGCAUCCUCUUGGUGCUGGUUUUGCUUCAUCACAAGAAAAAGCAAGGGGCGGGUGAACCGGAGGUCCAAGCCGAGCCAAACCCCGAGACGAUUCCACUCUCUGUGCAGGAGAGCCAGCCAGCAGCUUCAAGCCACCCGUUGGAUCGAGAUGUCGGCAGGGUCGUAGCAAGAGACGGCCCCACCUGCGAUGUGCAUCCUCAGCUGGAGUCCAGCAGUACCGAAUUUCAAGAUCAGGAGUGAAAGGGUCUUGAGAAGAGGGUCUGGGUCGGCCUGAUGUCAAGAGACGGGAGAGUCUUUGUUUCUAAAAUCGCUGAAUUAUUUUACGACUUGAUAUUGAUUUGUUGAUUUCGCUAAUGCAGCUCGUUUUUCUAACUUUUUCAACGCAAUUAAUGAACCAAAACCCAGACCCUUGCCCUUGUUUAUGGUACCAUAAGAUCUCCGUAACAUUUCAACUUGUGCUCUGUCUGCUUUCUGGUCGUCACUAUACGAAAGACCACAUCACACAAUUUGAAAUGUUUUGAACCUCUUCUUGUUGUAUUUGGAGCUGUUUCUACAAGGCAUCACACCUUUAAUUUUAUGUAAUAUUUGGAAGCUGAUCUCCUUUUCUUGCGUGUAGUGUAGACAUCAUUUUGUUUUUCAUCAAACCUUUCCGGACAUAAUGUUUCAGCUUUUUUUCUUCCGUUUGCAUGAAUCAAGACAUACCAAAACAAAACAGAGUCAAGUCUGUAUCGAAAGCUCACAUGAGCCCGCUUAUAAAAAAAGGGAACGACGUGACGUUUCGUCUCUCUUUCAAAAGAUUGGAACUCACUGACAAAAUGGGGCGUCAUAGAAACACAUGUUGCAAUGUUCUGUGCCAAAUGUGUUAUUGAUCUCCAUAAUGUUACAAGCUAUGAUGUUAAAACUUGCACAAUUUUUAUAGGUACAUCGGUCUGUAUUUCCAUAAUAUGGAGUAUGAUAAGAAGCCCCAAAAUGGGGCAACUACCAGAACUGCAGUUGUUGAAAAUGUUCGUCAGUGUGACGGAUAUAUUGAAGGGGCACGAGAGGCCCCGUAUACCUGCAGAUUAGAUUGGCGUCUAAGCAGGAAUUUUCUUUGUCGUCGAGGUAAGUAGCAGUCAUUUGCUUUGGUUAAAACUCGGGGACAAGUGACGGCGCAGGAGAAGAGUAGUGUAGGCCUACUUGGGACCGCGCCGAAUAGCGAACUGCAUCGUGAAACGCGUCUGUUCUCUAUGAAAAUAUUGUCCACGAUGGAUUCCCAAAAUGUUAAAAGCUAUAGGAUGCUGAAAGCUUAUUUUAUAGUUUCCGUUUACAUUUUGGGGAAUAUCCAGUGCGACAAGUUGCCCCAAAAUGAGGGCAAGACAAGUUAUGCUGCAAUUGAGGAAAAAUAAUCGUCAGGUGUGACGAUGAAGGGCCAAGAGGGGUCCUGUAUGCCAUCACUCGCGUCUGGGGAGGAAUAGAUUUUCCUGCCGUCGAGAUAGUUGGCAGUCUUUUGUUGAGUUAAAACUCGCGGACAAAUUACGGCGCAACGAAAGAGUGCCGUAGCGUACUCGGGACACUGCCGAGUGAACUAAGUCGUGAAUCACGUCUGUUCAUAACAAAGUUCUGGAGUAAAUAAUACACAUGUAUUUUGGUUGAAUACGUGUGAUCCUCCAGAGCUUUUGAUACAGUAUUCGUUCCCAUACAAUUUAAAAGGGGAACGUGCGGUGGUAAAGCAAGCUGAAUUUACGUUUGCAAUACUGCUAAGGUGAAAACUGUAUGUGAAAUAAACAACCGUCGAAUGUAAGGUUUGGAUAUUGAGAUAGAUGUGACGUAAGUCUACAUUUAUCCAAACCCAUUCCCUGGACGAUUAUGGAUGUUAAACACCCUGCGUUAAACAGUGCGUAUCAGUUAAGAGGUAUAAUACGAGACUUGUGAUGGGUUAGUAAGUUCAAUCAUGAAUUUAAACACUUAGUGUUAAUGGACACUCAUUGUGUUAUUGAACACUCAGUGUUAAGCAGACGGCUUUUCCGGCCUUGUUUUUCAUAUUACUCAAAUACCUACAGUUUUGGUAGUUCAAGCACUUCUACCAAAGACCAUGAUUUGAACAAACUUUCACAUCGUUGUUGGGUAAUACCUUUGACACUCGCACUGAACAGCAGGAAUUGAGUUGUAUUUAAAGUGAACCAAUGAAUUGUACAAUUUUCUUAUCGGGCAAACCACGCUUCAAUGAUAAAGUUGUGCAUUCGAGAUAACAUAAAUGUUGAAAAUCCCGAAGCUGAUGAGCCAAGGGGAAGUACAAACGACAUGAUAACGUGUACAUACACUUUAAGCAUGUAAUUUGACACGCCACUUUUGUUGCUGGUGUCGAGUGUUUUGCUGUAAUGGUGUUGUAGCAUACUAUGAGAGUCUUUGUAUAGUCUUUGUACUGCACUGUACUCUGUUGUACCUGGAAAUGUUGUCUGGUGGAAUACGUCCGUAACAUGCGCUGUUGAUCAUUUCAUUUUUCGUGUAUUGACGUUGCUUGAUACCACAAGAACUGACGUAACUAUUGAACCGAUAGUUUCAUUUACUUAAUGUAUCAAACUAACGGUACAAUAAACACAUAAACAUGAACCAACACGUACAGCAAGUAAACCAGGCUCGAAUCUGUUUGAAAAUUCUAAAAUGUAUGUAUAUGGAGUUUGAAAGCACUGAAAUCAAACAGCAACGACUCGCGUAAUGAACUGUAUGAUUCCUUCUUUAAUCGAAGGAAGCUCUCGCUUCUCUUCUUUCACUUUUGGAAACAAGAUGGAUUAUGCUUUGUAGAUAAAACUAUGGUAACAAUGUAUUUUAAUUUUGUGUGAAAGGUCAACUUAAAAAUGACGUAUGUGAUUUUGGGCACCAACUUCUUAUCUAUUGAUAAGUAACAGUCCUGUGGUCCAGAUUCUACCCCAAAACAGAGCGAAAAAGCGGAUGAAAUUACAACAUUGAAAGAAAAAUUUAUAAACGGCAGUGGGAAAGGGACAAAAGCUGGAUAGGUGUCCAUUCUAACCAUUUUAUUUUUUUACUUGGCCUUUUGUAAGUAACACGAUAGAGAAUCACUGAGUAAAACGGCUUGUACAUAGCUUGUAGAUUUAAAUUAUGAUUCCCUGUCAAGACAUUUCAGUUGGAAUGCGUGAACUCAUUGACUUUUCCAACAGCUUAUUUCUUUGAUCCAGCUGUGGAGUAAAUAAUUGAUAAAUGAAGGGGAAAUUGCACAGACGCAGGAAGUAUAAAUAAACCGUAAUAAAAUGAAAUAUAAAACAUACUUUAAAUGGGGAGUCAAACUCACAUUUUUCUUAGCCAAUUUUUUUACUUAUGUAGACAAAUUGAUUUCAGUUAGGGUUUGGGCAUAUCACAUGAAUGAUAAUAAAAUGCAGCUUUGAUCAAACUCCAACACCGAAUAAGCCCUGGAAAACUGCCAAACUCAGGGGCUGAGGGCAUACACUAAUUGCCGCUUGUGAGUCUACGGCCUAUUGAUUCAGUAUAGUGUUCUCCGACGCGUGACCGCAUAACACUGAUUUUCCACAUUUAGAACUGAUUUCCUUCAGUAUGUAUACGCCUAAAUUUUCCAACAAUUGUUGCUAUUUGCUUUUCAGAAUGUCUAUUGGGUUCAGUUAUCAGCGACUGUUUAGGUGGUAGAGCAAUAAUAGCAAGAUGCACAUAUAAAAUGGGUGUUAUUCUUUUUUUCAUAGUUUUCCAAUCCAUUAGGACGAUUGGAGGAUGGGAGACGGGGCCAUGACCUCCCCAAACCAAAAAGAGGUUUUUAAAUACUCAGACAGGACAAUUAUUCCACAUUUAGAACUGAUUUCUGUCAGUAUGUAUACGCAUAAAUUUUCUAACAAUUGUUGCUAUUUUCUCUUCAGAAUGUCUAUUAUGUUCAGUUAUCAGCGACAGUGUAGGUGGUAUUCCACAUUAUUCCACAUUUAGAACUGAUUUCCUUCAGUAUGUAUACGCAUAAAUUUUCCAACAAUUGUUGCUAUUUGCUUUUCAGAAUGUCUAUUGGGUUCAGUUAUCAGCGACUGUGUAGGUGGUAGAGAAAUAAAAGCAAGAUGCACAUAUAAAAUGGGUGUUA